CGAAGUUGUAUACAAAGUGCUUUAAAGAUUUUAGGGACGGUCAGGAAUUUCAUUAAAUUGCUGGAAGUAAUGGAGGGGAGCUUGAGGCGCCAUCUUAUAUCUGCUGGAGCUUCGUUGCCGGUGGAGAUUGACAGCAGUGUGUUGGGGGUUUGUGCGUGGGGUCGGGUUGAUAGCAGUGUCUCUCUUAGAUAAUAUUCUAGUUGUACAAUCGUAUUUAACAACAAUAAGUUUUAUUAUACUUUAAGAAAGACUAUAAACUUGAAUUUCUUCAACGAAUGGGCUAUUAGUAAAUUAAUGGAAAUCUAGUACAAGAUUGUGAUUGUGGUAUAAGGUUUGUUGGUGUCUUGUUUUUUUUUUUUUGAUUUUUUUACGUUUUCAAAAUCUCCAGUGUGGUUUUGACAUUCGUCGGAGCUUUAUGUGCCUGGAUUGAAAGAAAUUGAACUUGUGAGUUUAUUCAUUGCUGGAAAAAUAUCUUGAAAAAUGGCUUGGAGAUUUAAAGCUUCUAAGUUUAAAAAUGCAGCCCCUAUAGUUCCUAAACCAGAAGCCUGUGUUCGAGACAUUUGUGUUGGUUCUUAUCAAACAUAUGGAAACAAUAUCGCAGCUUCAGCUGCUUUUAUGGCCUUCAAUGUAGAUCAUAAUGGGUCCAGCCUUGGAGUUCUUCCAAUUGAUGAUUGUGGUAGGAAGAGCAAGUCUAUGCCAUUGCUGCAUGCUCAUUCCGAUACUGUAACUGACAUGGAUUUUUCAAACUUUCACGAUGGUUUACUUGCUACUGGUUCACAAGAUUGUAUGGUUAAAAUAUGGCAUAUACCCGAGAAAGGGUUGGAAGAAAGUUUGUGUAAUCCUGAAAUUACAUUUUCUCAUCGACAGAGACGUGUUGAGUGUGUUAAAUGGCAUCCCACUGUUGACUGCCUUCUUACUACUGCUUCUUAUACCACCCUUACUUUGUGGGAUGUUACCAAUGAAAAAGAACUUUAUAGUAUGAAUGGAGACUAUGGUUUAGUACAGAGUAUCUCAUGGAAAAGUGAUGGAACCCAUCUUGCUUUUCAUACAAAGGAGAAAACAGUUUGUAUAUUAGAUCCAAGAGCUGAUAAAAUUACCUAUUCAGCUGAUAGCCAUCAAAGUAUUAAGGAUUCUAGGGUUGUCUGGCUUGGUGACACAAAUAGAAUAUUAACAACUGGAUUUGAUUCUGCUCGACAAAGAGAAGUCUAUAUACGUGAUAUUCGGAACUUUAAGACUCCAGAAAAAACUCUAGUUUUAGAUAGUUCUACUGGUAUUCUGAUUCCUCUUUUUGAUCCUGAUACUUGUAUGCUAUUCCUUGCUGGGAAAGGUGACACAACAAUAUCUUAUUUGGAGGUUACUGAAAGGGAACCAUAUCUUGUUGAAGGCAUAAGGCAUACAGGUGAACAAACAAAAGGUGCUUGUCUUGUUCCAAAGCGUGCUUUAAAUGUAAUGCAGGCAGAAGUAAAUCGUCUAUUACAGCUGACAUCAUCUUCUAUUAUUCCCAUUAUGUAUCAAGUACCAAGAAAGUCUUAUAGAGAUUUCCAUUCGGAACUAUUCCCUAGUACAGCUGGUAGUGAAAGCAAAGUGAAUCCUACUCAAUGGAUGCAAGGUUCCGAUUUGCCUGUGCCAAAAAUUAGUUUGAACCCCGCUGACAAGCAAGUCAAACCAAGAUUAGGACCAAAACCAUUCACGCCUCCAAAAUUUGAAAGUGGAGAUUCCGUAGAAAGGAGCAUUAUUCUGGACAAUGAUCCUCCUGCUACUAAUGCGUCCAACAUCAUGACAACAUCACUACCAGACUUUAUCAAUUCCAAUUCUAAUUCAGUUAAUGGGAAUGAAAAAAAUAGCCCAGAAUCUCAACCAGACCAAGAAAACAAUGAUGAGGAAGAUGGAGCUGUUGAAAGUUCCCCCACUGAAGAAGAUGCUGAAGAUGUUGGAGGUGGAGGCGAUGAACUUAUGAGAGGUGGUGUUCGUGCUAGUAUUGCAGAAAGGAGGAAGAUGUAUGAAGCUAGGUCACAGUCUGUUCAAGAACCAUCUGCAGUAUCUCCUGUGCCUUUGAGGAGGCGUGAUUCAUUGAAGGCAAUAAAAAAUAAUGCUAUAAAAGAAGAAGAUAAUGUCAAUCAAAGAGCAAACCAAGCCAAAAGUGCACCUAUCCCUCCAACCUCUUCUGCACCAAAACGAACCUCUACAGUUUUUGGAAGAGUGUCCAAGUAUCGUCAUUUGAAAGGAACCCCAGCUCACAAAUCCCAACAUAUUGAAAAUGUGCGUAAUGUAAGCCGACAGAUUUCUGGAGAAUGUGAUGGUUUUCAUUGUAAUAAAGAUCGAGUAGGUGUACCCCUUGGAGGUCCUGGUGGUAAACUGGCUGUCUUUGAACUUAGCAAGCCUGGCAAACUGCCAGAUGGAGUCAUCCCAACUUUGGUUAAUGCUACCAACAUUAUGGAUUUUUCUUGGGACCCAUUUGACAAUAAGAGGUUGGCUGUUGGUUGUGAUGAUGGAAGUGUGAAGCUAUGGAUCGUACCAGAGUCGGGUCUCACAGAGGCUACUAAUAAUGCUGAUAAAGUGCUUCAGGCUCACAUAGAGAAAAUUUACUGUCUUAAAUUCCAUCCCUUGGCAAGUGACAUACUGGCUACAACCUCAUAUGAUAUGACUAUAAGGAUUUGGGACUUGUCCACUCUUCAACAAGCCUAUUGCCUUAAGACUGAAGAUCAUGGUGAUUCUACAAUUUAUGCAUUUGAAGUGAGCAGCGAGGCGCCAUACCUUAACCCUCUCAGCCAUCAUAGGUGUGGUUCGCUACAUCAAGGCCUGUCAUUCCUCCCAAAAAAUUGUGUGGAUGUGACUCAGGUCGAAUUUGCUAAGGCAUUAAGGUUGACGAACACUACUAUAGAACCACUUUCUUUUACAGUUCCUAGAAUUAAGGUUAUAUCUGAAGCCCAGGGUGCUCCUGUGUCUCAGCCUAACAAUGCAAACCCUGCUAAGGAAAUACCCAAUAAACCUGCACAUUUACCUAGAAAUUCAUGGACUGAUUCUUCAAUAAAACAGAAACAAGAACAGGUAGAUCCAAAAGUCAGUCAGUAGCCGCGUGGAAAUCAAUAUGAAAUUAGAGCAAGAUAAUAUGGAAGGUGUAGAUGCAGUUGAAUGGAAUGAAUGAAUGAAGGAAGACUUCACUUGGGAAUGGAUUUUUUUUUUACACUGCGUCGAAACCUGACUGCCUCUCUAUCGCCAUCUGAUUUUUAUUUAAUUAGUUAUACUAUCUUUUGGAUAAGUUCGAUUUCUUCAAUUUUAGGCACAAUCUUUUUAUUUUAUUAUUGAUUUUAACCAAAUACUCUGAGUACCUAAACCCAUUAUUUGUUAUCAAUAUAUAAAUAUUUUUAUUUAUAUUAAAAUAACAAGCUAUAUUUGUAUAUACAUAUAUGAAUGUAUAUGCAUAUUUAUUAAGAUUUAUAUAUAAUUACCUAUCUUGAACGCACAUACCUGUUGCCUUUUUGAAUAAAAAAUGCAAUAGGUCAUUUAAAGCUUCUGUGAAUUAAGAUUAAAAUAUAUAAAUAGAAGAAAAUAAUAUAUAUUGUGUUUUUGGUGAUGUUCAUAUGUUGAUAACUAAGUGAAACCAUUUGUACCAUGAACUGAGUGAAUGAGAUAUUUUAAAUAUUUUUGUUAUUAUUUAAACGACAUUUCAACAUAUGGAAAACAUUUGCUUUGUAAUCUUUUCUAGUCAUGAGUUAUGAUCAUGUGUCAUAAACUUGUAAAUAUUUUAUUAUCAUCGGUCUGUUUAAUUUUUAUCUGUUGUUAAAACCAAACUUCAACCAAAUUGAUUAUAUAUUUGUGAUUAAUUAAAAAAAUGCUCAUGUUUUAAAUUAAGUAUUUAUUGAUAACAGGUUAUUGAAGAUAUUACAUAGGAUGUAUCUAUUUAAUAUAUUACAAGCUUUAGCGUAUAUUUUUAUUUAUCUCUGAAAAGUGGAAUGGCUUCAGACUGCGCUUACAUUAACAUUACUUUAAAUAUUGACUAUAAAAUUUUAUUGUUUUUAAUAGAUAUAUAUAGAAAUAUAUAGUCAUAUUUAUUCUUGUGAAACUGAUUUUAUUCCAUUGACGAUAAUUAUAGAUUUAAUAUUAAAUAUGGCAUAGUUAUACAGUCUAUUUCAAUCAGUUGCACUCUGUGCCAUAAACAAGUUACCUUGAGACAAUAUCCAGUGUUGAUAUAUAGCUUUACCAUCUUAAACAUUUUAGUCCUUUUAAGAAAUGCACAAAUAUUAGUUUUUAAAUUAAUAAAUCUUGAAAAUAAAAUAUAUUUUAUUAUUAGUAUUUGAUCUUUUGUUGAAUGAAGGUGUUUUAUCUUUUCAAAUUGUUUAAUGUUGUCCUUUUAUCAUUUUUGGUUCUUUUCUUGUAACCCCCUUCUUAAAAUUUAUUAUAAAUAAAAAAAUUAGUGUUUGAAUAAUAAAAAAAAACUCACGUUGACAAUAGUUAUUAUAAAUGGUAUAAUAUUUUAUACUAACGUAUUUUCAGGCAUUAUCCUGUAUCAGUAUUGAAUACUGUGGGUUUAGUUCAGGGGUCUCCAAACAGCAUGCCUAGCACUUUCGAACUGGCACACAAAAGUUUCUUUGAUUACAUUAAUAAGAUUUAUAAACUAACUAAAAAAUAUGAUAUUUAGUAAACCACUUGGCUUUCAACUCUUGUUUGUAGUUUUAGUAUAAUCUAAUUUAUUUUUUAUCAGUUGUUUGACUUUAAGGACCUCCUGAUAAUUGCCUAUGAAGUGAGGACCUGACUUCUUAAUUGGCUAAGAGAAAUAGGCUGGUUGAUAGCCUUGAAUGUAGAUGCCAUGACAUCCUUGUCUGCUAACUGUAGUUCAUGAAACAAUAUUUCAUAUCAAGUAAUGCACCCAAGAUUCUUUAAGGGUUGUUUUACUGGCUUUCAAAACAAACAAAAAAUUAUCAUUUAAUAUAGGUCACAUUUCCUCUUGUUAAUUUGGCUAAGAUAUUGCUUGAUUGGUUAAAUUUUGCUGAUAGACGUAACACCUUCAUUCAUUAAUUAAUAUGAUAUCAAUGGUCUUAGUCUUAUAAGGCUCAUAUAUAUGUAGUAUAGUGAAAUUGUAAUAGCAUUUUUUUCAGUGUUUUAUAACUUCUGUGGUAUGAAAAUACAGAUGACUUUUAUAUUAUCUCCUUGUUAUGAGUGGAAGAGGAUCUAUAGUAGACAAGUACUGGAUUUUGCACUUUUGGGUUUAUUUAGCCCAACAUUGAAAACUUUUACUGUUAAAUAUAAGAAUCCAUUCCACAUUAAGAAUUAUUUUUUUGUAACUAGUACUACUGUGACAAUGGUGCUGGUUACCUGAUUGAUCAUGAUAUAGUUUUUAAGUAUGUGACUGAACACGAUAUGAAAUCUGUUAUUGUAUGUAUGUGUGCAUGUUGUAUUUUGUAUGUAAUCCAUUUUUUUAAAUUUAUAUGAUAUUUAUACUGAAUAAACUGCUGUAACUUUUAUUAUAUCAUUGACCAUUAUU